AUGAAAAUUAUGGAUCAACAACUACCCGGAGAAAAAAAUCCUGUUAAACGAUCGAGGUCUAACACUUCCAUGUCCGCUAAACCUCGUAAACGUCCUCAGUCUCGAGCUUCCACAACGAGUGUUCAUAGCGGACUUGCGCAACCGGUACUGGAGCAGCAAUAUAUGGAUCCGGCGCAGUGGUAUGACAAUAACUCCAAUCCACAACACAGCAAUAUUCCGCAAUUGUCAGCCGAAGACAUGGUUAUGCAUAGUGCUUCGCAGUUACAAAAUCCCCGAUCUUUUGACAUGGAGCAUUCUCUCAAUGGCGUCUCGAAUCACAAUAUACAAUCGUAUCAUUCGGAGGUGCAAUAUAGGCCUGAAAAUGGACGCCAAUCUAUACCAAUGGAUAACUACGCUCAGAAUUAUGGAGAGGGGGAUAGCCAAGUUCUAGAAGGUCGCAGUGAUGAGCAAGACGAGGUGGAUUCCAUAGUCGGGGCAACUGGAGCGACAAAGAAAACCUCGAGAUCAAGCGCUGCCAAUGAGUUAGAAAUGAGACAAUUAUUCCACGCGAACAAACACCGCUCCUUACAAGACAUCGCCGCGGAACUUCUCUUGAAUGAAAGAGGGCCACAAUCGGAAAGACAGAGACAAGUAUUUGCUAUGCUCUGGAUCAACAAAGUCUGUGAUAAAGGUACGGGGUCUGUACCAAGAGGUCGUGUUUACGCAAAUUACGUUUCCAGAUGCGGUACAGAAAAGGUAACAGUAUUGAAUCCGGCAUCUUUUGGAAAACUUGUCCGUGUACUUUUUCCCGGAUUGAAGACUCGGCGGCUUGGUGUGCGCGGAGAAUCUAAAUACCACUACGUGAAUUUCAGUCUCAGGGAUGACCAGCCACAACUGCACGAGACACAAACUCAUCAACCUAUUACAAACUUUAACGAUGCGAAUUUUGCUCAAAGUUUCAAUCAAAGUAUGACAUCGCAAAUUCAAUACCCGGACGUCAAAUACCCAAUUGAUCGAGCUCCAUUUCCGUCUCCCGCAAUUGCUCAAGAACCUGAACAACGCAAACAACGAUCGGGAGGAUUCAUUAGACCUCAUAGUCUCUAUACCCACCCAGUAGUUGCGAAGCUUGCAGAUCUCGAAUGCACAACAAAGACACCUCAGGUUCUUCAUUUUGCACCCUUAGGUGAACCUUCUAUGCAAGAAUAUGGAGCUAUUUUACUUCCUAAGAUCCAACCCUUUUUGCCCAUGGGUACCGAUUCAGAUUCAGCACUUGCAUUAUCUGCGCUUUAUCGUUCUCACUGCACUUCCCUCGUUGAACAAGUUCGUUUCUGCAAAGAAAAGACAUUCUUCCAUCUUUUUACGGCUUUUCAAGGCACUUUGACCAUGCCCGUACAAAAGUUGUUUGCCGACAAAGCACUCGCACCGUGGAUUAACCAGUGCGAUAUAAUUAUGUACCAGAGUAUGAUGCGUGUCGUGGCGCCUUUAACACUGCAGGUUGUGCCUAAAGUCGUUUUGGAUACUUUACGCAAUAUUUCCGAUCGUCUAGUUACACACAUUCAAAACUCAUUCCACGGUCAGCCAGCACAUGUUAUCGAGGCGAAAGUCGGGCCAGCUACAACUUUUGCAAGCCUUUUGGACAAAGAAUUAAGAGUGAAUCUAACUGCUCAUGCUGCAGCGAAUAUGCUAUCUAAUCCUUACAAUCGUGAUACAAUGUAUGAGGACUUUAUAACCAUGGUAAACAUAAGAAAGGUCGCGGAAAGUGUGCCCACGAGAGGAAUGGAUGAUGUGGUCAAUCUUUUGAUAACGGAAUUGCGUGAUCUUCUUGAUCCAAGCGAGGUAUCGUGGGAGACGGAAGGACAAACUCCUUUUGGAGAAAUGGUUGCGCGUAUGGGCCGUCAACGACAAGCGAGCGUUCAUGCCGACCCGACCACAGAAAAUGUUCUCGAUCGUUGGGUGAAUAUGCUUCUCUCCCUACCUGGCAAGUUUCCGUAUGCUACACAUGCAGAAAUUGUUUGGUGUGUCCAAAAGAUUGGCACGGCUGUGAUGAGAGAUCUUACCAUUGCCCAAGGUAAAAGUUUUGGUGCUUGGUGGGUUACUAAAUGUUGGCUAGACGAAAUGAUUGCAUUCAUGGCCGAACAAGGAGGAUUUAUGCAGCGUGAAACUAUUCAAGGUGCGAUGGGAAACGUGCCUAGAAAUCCCGCUGCGAGUCGGAGAAAUAGUCAGCAAGAUGGCCGAUAUAGUGCUGGAAGUGAUGAAUUUGCUGGACGGGGAGUGAAUGGUGAGCGAAGUGUCUCAGGUCCUCGACCGAUGGACCUUGCAAGAGAGGCUGCUAUGAAUGCAGCUGCUGGUCAUGAUGACAGUGGGAUCGGAAUGAGGACACCCGACGAUGAAUUUUCUAUGGGAAAAUAUGGAUUCGGACAAGAUGAUGGGCACGCUUCGAUGGAAUCUAAUUCUCUUCAUGCUAUAUCACAGGGAGCUAUGUCUUGA